GCGCGCUGCCGUGCCCGGGCUCGGCCCGCCCGCCACGGCCUCAGCAUGGCCGGCUUCGCCGACCUGAACCUGCCGCGAGAGCUGGACAAGAAGUCCCUGCAGAGCCUGCUGGAGGCCGCGGCUCACCUGGGAUAUUCUGCAGUUGCACUUAAUCAUGUCAUCGAUUUUAAAGAAAAGAAACAGGAAAUCAUCAAGCCAGUAUCCCCUUCAGAGUUGUUUCCAUCUUUACCUAUUGUACAAGGGACAUCUAAAAAAAUUAAAGUCUUGACCCGGUUAACACUUGUUGUUUCUGAUCCUUCCCACUGUAAUCUCUUGAGAUCGACAUCUGCAAAUAUAAGGUUAUAUGACAUCAUAGCAGUAUUUCCAAAAACUGAGAAACUGUUCCAUAUUGCUUGCACGACACUAGAUGUGGAUCUGGUCUGCAUAAAUGUAACAGAAAAGCUGCCAUUCUACUUCCGAAGGCCCCCUGUGAAUAUGGCAAUAGAUCGAGGCAUUUACUUUGAACUUCUUUACACGCCUGCCAUCAAAGACUCUACAAUGAGAAGAUACACAAUUUCAAAUGCCAUCAGCCUGAUGCAGAUCUGCAAAGGAAAGAACAUAGUUAUAUCUAGUGCAGCUGAAAGGCCUCUAGAGCUCCGAGGUCCUUAUGAUGUGGCUAAUCUAGGUUUGCUGUUUGGCCUCCCAGAAGGCGAAGCAAAGGCAGCUGUGUCCACCAACUGCAGGGCCACCAUGCUGCAUGGAGAAACUCGAAAGAGUGCCUGUGGCGUGGUCUACACAGUGAAGAAGCCUCGCAAGGUUGAGGAGGAAGAAACAGCAGUGCCAGCAUGCAAAAAAGCUAAGACUCAAGCUUGAGGACUGAACCAGUUGUCAACAGAAGCCUCCGUUCUCUUCUUUACCCAGUGUUGAGUCUUCUUCCAACCUCCAGCUGAUCUAAUUUUUCCCUUACUACCUUGCUUAGCCUGCAGAAGAACUGUUCUUCCAGCAUUCAAGUGAGGAAAACUGUGACUGAGACUGCUGAACCAUAUUCACCACAUCUGAAAGGUCACGCUGGGCUUCUGGCCAAGGUCAGGAGACUGACUUUUCACCCUGCCUUAGGUCUCCUGGAGUUAAUGCAAACUCAACAUGGAAAUUUUCACUUGUUCUCUUGCAUUCCUUUUUUAUUAAAACCAUGUCUAAGAACACAUGCCUUCAUAGUCUAGCUCUUCUGAUUUCUCAAGUUUUAAAUGCAUCUCUGUACAACUGCAAGCCAGUAGAUGAAGUUUACCUUCAAGUGGCCUACGAAGAAGAAUAAUAAUACAGUAAAAAAAAAUAAAUUGCUUCCUAUUCAGUUUUAUGAUCAAUGAAGAUCCCAGGAUUUGUCAGUUACUCAGAGGUAUCUUGGAUUUGGGUUACAGCAGGAGUUACUGACCUGACUUGUCAGAUACCUAUCCCAAAGGCCAUCUGUGUCCUCAGCUCUUAAAUCCAAACACAUGUUAGAUCCAUUAGAUGUUUGCCAGAGAUGGGAAGGAAGAGCCUGAGGUUACACUGAGGUGUGCUCAGCAGGGGAUGUUGCAGUGUAGGACCUGUCUCACCUAGGCCUGAGCAGCCUCCACCUCACAUCAUCUUUACUGCAACAUUUCCUUCUUUACUUCCUGCUCUGGAAUUACCUAUGCAUGUGUUCAUUUUGCUGCCUCUUGCUUUUCUGUUUUCCUUCAUUUUAAUGCCUCAGUAAACCCAAUCUGGCUGCCAAAAAAACAAUCAAACAGAUGUAAUCAGCAGAGCAUUUUUGGAGCUCUUCCUAAUGUUGACUGAAGUUUUUCUUUUCAUUAAAUGAAUAUGAAACUCACAUAAGCUACUGUACUAAGAUACUGUUGAGCCAUUUUUACUGUGAGUAUUCCAGUUCUCUGCUAGUGCCCAACAGCAAGUUGAAAAGUGGAAGUGGUAACAUGUAAAAUAUACUGCAGAAAUCCUGCAGUGGGUCAUUUUUGAGCUCUUGAUGACUGGACUGAACAGUAUAGAUUAAGUUCUCAUAGAUUUAACAGUUCUAUAUAAUGCUGGUGUAAGUCACAACAGGUUUUGCUUCAUUCAGCAAUUACAAAAUAUAUUUUCCUGUAUGUUAUUAGUUGUUGAAUUUGUGACUUGAGUCCAUUUUAUUACAGGUAUUAGGGAGUUUUAUAUAUAUAUAUGUGUGUGUGUGUGUGUAAAUAUAUGCAUAAAGUAUUUAUGGUAUUACCUCUAAAAUGAUGCUGUAACCAGAGAAGAAGCAAACUGUGUUUGGUGCAGUUUUCUGUAUGACGUUAACCCUGCCUUGGGUAGAGAAUAACCUACCUUGAACAUGACAGAAGUUCUUUGGUAACUGACAUAUGGAAGGAGGCUUUGAAUGCUUGAGAUCCUUUUUGCUGCUUGUUUGACUUUAAAAAAUUAAACUCUUCAUCUU